AUGACGUCAAACCACGCCAAGAUACUCCUGCGCGAAUACGCGGCGGCAUGCGAACACUUCGACGAAGCGUACGAAUACAUGGCAAACAACAUGACCCCCUUCCUCUAUAAUAUCCAUAAGAUGCGCAAUCUGAUGGCCGCUAACCGGGUGGCAAUAUUGGAAGGCAGGACGCCGACCAUCACCGCCGAUGAGCUGAAGCUCAGCGUCGCCGACUUCAGCAACAAGCUCGACGUGCUCCUCAUCUCGGUGCACCGCCUCAUCGAGAACGAGCAGGACUCGACCAUGGGGCGGCUGGGAGAAGUCGAGCCGAGAGCCGAAGAGGAGAAGACGCAAGCGGACGCUGUUGACGUCAGCGAACAGCCCGAAGAGCAAAGCAGCGACGACCAGUCGCGCAGCGACGACCAGUCGAGCAGCGACAACCAGUCGAGCAGCGACAACCAGUCGAGCAGCGACAACCAGUCGAGCAGCGACAACCAGUCGAGCAGCGACGACCAGUCGAGCAGCGACGACCAGCCGAGCAGCGACGACCAGUCGAGCAGCGAACUGUCUCCCAACCCGUCGUGGGAGCAGACGGACGAAGAAGAAGAAGAAGAAGAAGACGAGACAAUCCGCCGCAUCAACACCCGUGUCAAGGAUCUGGCGGCCCGUCUGAUCGAGCACGGCCCCUAUGAGUUCGAGUUCAGCGUCAUUGAGGUGGCUGACCUGUUUGAUGACGUCAUCCGUAUCCUGGAGAACGACCACAUGCUGCUCGAGCUGCCGGCCGACAUCAUUGUCAUCGGCAACUUGAACGGCGACUACGCCCAGCUGUUCCGCAUCUUCAACAAGUGCGGCUGGUUGCCUGACAGGAAAUAUCUGUUCCUGGGCGGACUUACCGAUCCGAAGGUGCGCUACUCGUUGGAGACGCUCGAUGGACUGAUGCCGGUCUACCAAAUCCGAACCGGCGUCCCGGCCAGCAGUCUGCCAUCCAAAUGCUAUGAAUACCGUGAGAAAGGAGGCUAUUACAUCCCGGAUUUGACGAUGAACAUCACCGUCAGCGAGGGCGUUCAAUUGGACUGGAAAUCCGAAAAGGACAACCCACAAAACUUCCACGAUUUUAUCGCUCUUCGCCUGCACGGAGAGGGGCCGAACAAAGAAUUCACCGGCGCCGUGAUGUGCUGCGGGACUACGCUGUGCAACGCCGACGACGUCGAGUUCUACCUGCCCACCCGCAUCUCGCAAGGAUAUGAGCGCGAGGCCGAUUGGCGCAGGUCGAUGCCGUUCGUGCUCGUCAUCGCCGUGCUCGCCAUCACGCUGUGGCCGCAUCUCACCAAAGUUCAGGAAGAGAAUCGCGUGACGGCCCUCGAGAAGAUCGAACGCGCCAUGGUGCUCUCCGACGACUGGUUCGGCUUUCCUGCUCCAGUCUGCAUUCUGCACCCCGACGCCGAGGCGGUCAGCGCCAAGUUCUACCCGCCUAUGACGGAGCGCGCGCUGCGCCGGAUCCGUGCCGAGAAGGGGUGUCGUGACAAGGAGGCUCGCGACUACGCGGCUUUCCGCCGACUUCAAGCCGUCCUCCGCGGGCUUGAGAAGGCUCCACCACGAGCCCGUGACAGUUCGACAAUCCGCCGCAUCAACACCCGUGUCAAGGAUCUGGCGGCCCGUCUGAUCGAGCACGGCCCCUAUGAGUUCGAGUUCAGCGUCAUUGAGGUGGCUGACCUGUUUGAUGACGUCAUCCGUAUCCUGGAGAACGACCACAUGCUGCUCGAGCUGCCGGCCGACAUCAUUGUCAUCGGCAACUUGAACGGCGACUACGCCCAGCUGUUCCGCAUCUUCAACAAGUGUGGCUGGUUGCCGGACAGGAAAUAUCUGUUCCUGGGCGGACUUACCGAUCCGAAGGUGCGCUACUCGUUGGAGACGCUGUGUCUGCUGCUGGCGCUCAAGGAGUAUCCGGUGUACACGGUCUCGUCGCAAAUGCUGCAGAAGCGCGGUGUUCGCUCGGGCUGCAUUCUCUACGUGUCGCCGGGCGGGAUUGAGGCCGCCCGCUUCACCUCGCAUGACCAGCAUCCGGAGGCCGAGACUUGGAUGGACCGCACGGCCCAUGGAUGGCCGAGGAGGGGCAGUGCCGUGCCCCGCUCGUACGACACCAGCAAGGAGGAGAAGGAUGGCGAGAAGAAGGGCAACAAGGCCAGCGCC